GGCAGUUUUCAGCGACCCUCUACAAAGACUAAGACUCACUACCCGACUGCUGCCCAAAAGGAAGGAAAAAAUGGCACACAGAAGGGUGGAAGGGUUAAGAAAUAGACCCUGAUGAGCGUCCUUGGGGGCGUGAGGCAUUCUGGGAGAUGUAGUUCGCGGUCGCUGUGGAGCGCGGACCUGGCGGAAGUGGCCCGAGAAGGCGGGCGGAAGCGGGAAUCUGAGAUGCAAGUUCGAGGCCGAGGCUGGCAUUGGGCGCAACUCUGAAGGCUAGCGUGUCAUUGGCGAAGUGUGACCGAAGGCGCGGGGUGGCUCCCCGAGACUUUGGUUCCUCGUCGUGCGCGCCAGGAGGGCCUCCGCGCCCGCUUCCCCCAAACAUGCUCGGGCACCCGUGGGGCAGCUGCCGGCGCCGGGCCCAGGCAUGAUCUUCCCGGUCGCUCUCCUCGCGCUCGGCUGGCAGCGACGGCCCGGAGCCCGUGCCCUGUCCCGCGCUGCCAUGGAAGUGGCCUUCCGAGGCGUGCGGAAAGUUCUCUGCGUGGCGGAGAAAAACGACGCGGCCAAGGGGAUCGCCGACCUGCUGUCCAAUGGCCGUAUGAGGCGGAAAGAAGGACUUUCUAAAUUCAACAAGAUCUAUGAAUUUGAUUAUCAUCUGUAUGGCCAGAAUGUUACUAUGAUAAUGACCUCAGUUUCUGGACAUCUGCUGGCUCAUGAUUUCCACAUGAAGUUUCGGAAAUGGCAGAGCUGCAAUCCCCUUGUCCUCUUUGAAGCAGAAAUUGAAAAGUACUGCCCUGAGAAUUUUAUAGACAUCAAAAAAACCCUGGAACGAGAGACAAGGCAGUGCCAGGCCCUGGUGAUCUGGACUGACUGUGACAGAGAAGGUGAAAACAUUGGGUUUGAGAUUAUCCAUGUGUGCAAGGCUGUGAAGCCCAGUCUACAAGUAUUGAGAGCCCGUUUCUCUGAGAUCACGCCGCGUGCUAUCAGGACAGCUUGUGAAAACCUGACUGAGCCUGACCAGAGAGUAAGCGACGCAGUAGAUGUGAGGCAAGAGCUGGAUCUGAGGAUUGGAGCAGCCUUUACUAGAUUCCAGACUCUGAGGCUCCAAAAGAUUUUUCCCGAAGUGUUAGCAGAGCAGCUCAUCAGCUAUGGCAGUUGUCAGUUCCCCACGCUGGGGUUUGUGGUGGAGAGGUUCAAAGCCAUUCAGGCUUUUGUGCCAGAAAUCUUCCACAGAAUUAAAGUAACUCAUGUCCACAAAGAUGGUACCGUAGAAUUCAACUGGAAAAGAUACCGUCUCUUUAACCACACAGCUUGUCUUGUCCUCUAUCAGCUGUGUGUGGAGGAUCCCCUGGCAACUGUAGUAGAGGUCAGAUCUAAACCAAAAAGCAAGUGGAGGCCUCAAGCUUUGGACACUGUGGAGCUGGAGAAGCUGGCUUCUCGCAAGUUGAAGAUAAAUGCAAAAGAAACAAUGAGGAUUGCUGAAAAGCUCUACACUCAAGGGUAUAUCAGCUAUCCCCGAACAGAAACAAACAUUUUCCCCAAAGACUUAAACUUGGCGACAUUAGUGGAGCAGCAGACCCAGGAUCCACAGUGGGGAGCCUUUGCUCAAACCAUUCUUGAGCGAGGUGGUCCCACCCCACGCAAUGGGAACAAAUCUGACCAAGCUCACCCUCCCAUCCACCCUACCAAAUACACCAACAACUUACAGGGAGAUGAACGACGAUUAUACGAGUUCAUCGUUCGUCAUUUCCUGGCUUGCUGUUCCCAAGAUGCUCAGGGACAAGAAACCACUGUGGAGAUUGACAUUGCUCAGGAACGCUUCAUAGCCCAUGGCCUCAUGAUUCUGGCCCGUAACUACCUAGAUGUGUAUCCUUAUGAUCACUGGAGUGACAAGCUCCUCCCUGUCUAUGAGCAAGGCUCCCGCUUUCAGCCCAGCACUGUGGAGAUGAUAGAUGGAGAGACCAGCCCACCCCAGCUGCUCACUGAAGCUGACCUCAUCGCCCUCAUGGAGAAGCAUGGCAUUGGUACUGAUGCCACUCACGCAGAACAUAUCGAGACCAUCAAAGCCCGGAUGUACGUAGGACUUACCUCAGACAAGCGAUUCCUCCCUGGGCACUUGGGCAUGGGACUUGUAGAAGGUUAUGAUUCGAUGGGCUAUGAGAUGUCCAAGCCUGACCUCCGUGCUGAGUUGGAAGCUGAUCUGAAGCUAAUCUGUGAGGGCAAGAAGGACAAGUUUGUGGUUUUAAGGCAGCAAGUGCAGAAAUAUAAGCAGGUUUUCAUUGAAGCAGUAGCGAAAGCAAAAAAAUUGGAUGAGGCCUUGUCUCAGUACUUUGGGGAAGGGGCAGAAGUGGCCCAGCAAGAAGAGAUCUACCCAGCCAUACCAGAGCCCAUUCGGAAGUGUCCACAGUGCAACAAGGACAUGGUCCUUAAAACCAAGAAGAGCGGUGGGUUCUACCUUAGCUGCACGGGUUUCCCAGAAUGUCGAUCAGCUAUGUGGUUUCCUGACUCGGUGCUGGAGGCCAGCAGAGAUGACAGCGUGUGUUCCAUUUGCCAGCCAUCCCCUGUGUACAGGUUGAAAUUGAAGUUUAAACAUGGUAGCCUUCCCCCAACCAUGCCCUUGGAGUUUGUUGGCUGCAUAGGUGGAUGUGAUGAGACCCUCAAGGAAAUCAUGGGGCUAAGAUUUUCACAGGGGCCCUCAAGAACUGGCCAGCCUCCUAGCCAGCCCUCUGGACACCUGCAGGCCAGUCAGGCCCUGAACAGGAUGGACAGCAGCCAGCACGGCCAUCCCCAGCCUCCCAGAAGCAGACAGACUGGACUUUCAAAGGCUGUGGCCUCAACCUUCCUACCACCCACGGCCACUGGGGAAAGCAACUCUGUGACCUGCAACUGUGGCCAGGAGGCUGUGCUGCUCACGGUCCGGAAGGCGGGCCCCAACCAGGGGCGGCACUUCUACAAGUGCAACCACGGUGGCUGCAACUUCUUCUUGUGGGCUGACAGCAGCCAUCCCGCCACAGGAGGGCCCCCCACAUCUGCAUCAAGACCCCCAGGUGGCUCGGUGGGACACCCACUUGGCUCAGAUGGCCACCUGGGCGGGUUUGGCAGCCCUGACAAUGGCAGUGGUGGCAGCACAUCCUGCCUGUGCAGUCAACCUGCUGUCAUGCGGACUGUGCAGAAGGAUGGGCCCAACAAAGGGCGCCAGUUCCACACCUGUGCCAAGCCACGAGAGCAGCAGUGCGGUUUCUUCCAGUGGGUCGAUGAGAACGUGGCCCCAGAGACAUUUGCAGCCCCACCAUGGCCAGGAGGCAGAAGAAAAACCCAGAGACCAGAAACCACAAGCAAAAGAUCAAGAGCCAAUUCCUCAGAUGCAGGGACUACGGCAAAGACUCCCCGGAAAUGCAGUCUUUGCCACCAGCCUGGACACACCCGUCCCUUCUGUCCUCAAAACAGAUGAAGGCAGGCAAGGUGGAGGAGGCUACUUUCACAGAUCAGGAAACGAGCCAUCUAGAGCCAGGUGGCCUUCACUGUCCUGGAAACCUAGGAAAGUAUUUGGUUUUGGAGUUGGCCUUUUGUUGACAAGUGCAGGGACUAGACCCCUUGGGAGAAGGCUGGCUCUGCUGGACAGUGGUCAUCUGUCCAAGGCUCAAAAAUGACUCUAGCCACUGUGCUGCUGAGAAAUCAAGACAUAAGCCCCCAUGGCUCCCUGAGGAUAAUCACAGUAUGAACCGGCAAAGCUGGUGGCAGAGAUUGUACCCUGGGAGGUCUGUGUAUGCUCCAGCUGUGACAUGAUAUGCUGUCAUGUGAGAAACCUCCAAGGUUUCCUUAACUCUGGGUAAACAGCUGGUGUUCCCAGCACAGGCUUUGGGCAGCCUGGAUGGGGCUUCUCUGCAUAGCCAUCCAGGAAGGAGGGCAGAAUGCCAGGAAGUGGCUCUCCUAACAUUGCAUCUGUAGCUUUAUUCCUGCUUAAAAGCCAGGAUACUCAUAGUUGAUGUGCCUUAAUAAAGAUUUCACCCCCUUUUA